AUGUCUGAUUUUCUAACUCUUCGACCUAUCACCCUCAAUGAGGAAGAACUAGAAGACAUCGAACGACGAAAAGAGAUGGAUGCAAGGCGGCUGGAAGAGCAGAGGAAGUUCUACGAUAUUGCCAGAAAACGAGCGGCAGAGCUGGACACCUACAUGGAGAAAUUUCGGAGAAAUAUUGUUGAGGCGAAUGGCUUGACCAAGCUAUUUGCUGAGAUCCGAAGCAAAGAGAAGCUUGAAGACUUGAGCCCGGAGUAUCAGAAAUUUGCAGAAUGGCUGAGGAUAGAGGUGGCAGCCACCAUCUACCAUCUAUUCCUGGCAGAAGACAACUCCCCCGAGCUGUUUGCUCAAGCGAAACGGAUACAUUCUCUAGUGCCAUACACGGUAUUGAAGAAUGUGAUUCGAAUAGCGAACCCAGCAGCAGUAAUGUCUGGCGUAUUGGAUCUGUUUUUGGCACAACCCUUCGGUGCAAGAUCGCUACUACAACGGAUAUUCGCCCAGACUCUGGCAGACGGAAUCCGGCAAUUUCAGAGAUCGAUCGAUGGCGUCUCCGGACAAGUGGGAGACCCGGUCCUAGUCAACAAAAUCAAAGCCUUUGUUGACAGUCCCGAAGAAACCAAGAACAUUGUCCGGGCGGAGGCUAACACGGAUCAGAUCGAUCUUGUAGUGGCUAUCCUCAGAUCAGAACAGUUCGAACCUGAACUUACGCCGCCACAAAUCGAACGAGUCUACAACGCAUGGGUGGCAUGGAACAGCGCAGUGGAGAAUGAGGACGAAGAACUCAAACAAGGCGCAGAAAUGUUCUCGCACCUCAAGCAACUUCUGAAGUUAAUGACUCGGCAACGUGACAAGGCUAUGAUGGCAGCUAUGAUCGAGGAGCCCAACACUCUACAGUUGUUCCGUGAUUUGUUCACCAUAUUCUACGAGCCACUCAUUCGGGUAUACAAAUCUGCAAACGUGUACAGCUCCAUCACGGACUUUGCUCGCUUCGCCGACGACGCCAUCAAAACGGUCGAAAUCGCACAGCGCCAAGAUGUGUCCGCAGAUCCGAAUCAAACUGUCCAGUCAUUCAUCGAUCUCUGCGCCAGACAUGAACACAACUUGUAUAAAUUUAUCCAUGAAGUCCACACUCACGACAACGGCCUCUUUACCGCCUUGAUGAGCUGGAUCGAAGGUAUCCUUGAGUUCCUUCGAAAAGGUCCCAGGAGCGGAGGGAGAUUAGAUAUGAAUGCAAUUCUACAGGGAGCGUUAGAUCUAGGGGCGGUGGACAGGGAGAUCGUUAUUACCGAAGUUGAUGCUUUGAUUAAGUGGCAGGAGGCGCGAAAGAAGUGGCACAGCGAUAAGACGAGGCAGAAAAUGGCAGCUGAGGGAACAGGCUCUGGCAAUUCUUCAGAGGCAGCGACGGGCAUGCCGGGGGCGAACUUCCGGAGCAGCGAUUUUGGAUUGCAUGAGACUGACCUAAUGGACCUCCGCAUUUCUGACGAUGAAGACGACCUUGACUCUGAUGAAGAAGAUGUAGAAGACGAUCUCGACCCUCUCUCGGCGGAGCGGCGUCGCCGUAGAAAGGCACAAGACAGGUUGAGGAGAAGCGCCGGCGAGCCUGUGAAGCCAGAAGUCAAGGAGGUGUUGAAACUGCGAGAGUCGUUCGUGUCAAUGCUGAGAGCAAUCUUGAGCGAUUAA